CAUGUGGUACUGGCGAGUAGAAGCUGCCAUGGCGGAGUCUGGAGAGGGAGUAGAGUCCGAGUCCACCGCGGAGGGGACGCCUGCUCUGUUGCUCCUGGAAGGUGGAGAUGGGGACGGAGACACUGAAGAGCUCGUGGAGGUGGUGGACCUGGAGUCACCUGGACCUGAUGAUCUCGCCAAUGAGAUGGAAGAUGUAGAUUUGGAAGAAGAGGAGGAGGUUGUUUGGGAGACUGAGGAGGAAGAUGAGGGAGUGGAGGAAGGCAUGGAGGCUCAAGAUGAUAGUGAAGUCACAUUUUCAAAGCACACAGCUUCUGUUUUCUGUGUCAGCAUCGAUCCUAAGACUAACAUGUUGGCAGUGACAGGUGGAGAAGAUGACAAGGCCUAUGUGUGGCUCCUCAGUGAUGGCGAACUCCUCUUUGAAUGCUCAGGUCACAAAGACUCUGUCACUUGUGCUGGUUUCAGCCAUGACUCCAUGUUGGUGGCCACAGGUGACAUGAGUGGACUGAUUAAAGUAUGGCAAGUGGACACCAAAGAGGAGAUCUGGUCUUUCGAAGUGGGUGACUUGGAGUGGAUGGAGUGGCAUCCUCAGGCCCAUGUCCUCCUAGCUGGCACAGCUGAUGGCAACUCUUGGAUGUGGAAGAUCCCUAGUGGCGAGUGCAAGACCUUUCAAGGGCCAAACUGUCCAGCCACUUGUGGACAUGUCCUUCCUGAUGGGAAGAGAGCUGUGGUUGGUUAUGAAGAUGGGACUGUGCGCUUCUGGGAUCUGAAGCAAGGCAACUCACUGCAUGUCUUAAAAGGUCAAGAUGGGCACCAGGGCCCUUUGACUUGUGUGGCCAGCAAUAAGGAUGGCAGCCUAGUCCUGACAGGCUCUGUUGACUGCCACUCCAAGUUGGUGAACUCUGCAACUGGCAAGGUUGUGUUUGUGUUCGGGGCAGAGAACAUUGUCCCCAAGCCUUCAACAGGAGAAGCUGAGGAAGCUGAAUCCAACUCCGUUGAGUCCCUGGGCUUCUGCAGUGUAAUGCCAUUGGCAGCUGUUGGCUACUUGGAUGGGACCUUGGCUAUUUAUGACCUCGCCACUCAGACCCUGAGGCACAAGUGUCAACAUGAGUCGGGGAUUGUGCAACUCCUGUGGGAAGAGAACUCACCUGUGGUCUACACCUGCAGCCUGGAUGGUGCUGUGUUCCUCUGGGAUGCACGUUCAGGCAAGCUGAUCAGCGAGUACCGGGGCCACUCAGCUGAAAUCCUGGACUUUGCUUUGAACAAAGAUGCUUCCAUUGUGGUCACUACUUCUGGCGAUCAUCAGGCCAAAGUCUUCUGUGUGCAGCGUCCUGAUCGCUAACAGUGCUUCAGUUGGGCAUUGGUUGGCACUGUAAAGAGACAAGCCCAUGUGGAUACAAGCAGCCACACCCCUGGGACUGUGGUGGGUUGGGCGGGGUUAGUGUAACUGCGUCGAAGGGGACAUCUAACCUUUUGAAAAGAAAGCUUUGCCACCCUAUCCCCUGAUGGUUCUGGGUCUGCCUUCUGGAGUUUUGUAUUUUUAAAUAUAUAAAUUAUUCCAGAGGCCUGGAGCUUUGUAGAGCCACAAAGCAAAUAAUGUCUGAUAUUGGGCUGGGUUAUCCGCUGUAUUCAUUGUGACAGUGGUGUGGAAGGUGUGGCCAUGCCUGACAGACAGACACACAAAUCUUUUCCAGGUCUGGCCAGGGCUUUCCCUAUGCUUAAUAGGGGUGUGAAAUCCUGGCAAUCAGAGGAAUUGCCUUCCCUGAUUCUGUGUCUGGUGGAUUGCAUUGCAGCCACUGAAAUGACAAGAAUGUCUGCUGUUUGUUUGCCCAGAGCAUUUGUUCAAGCAAAUUGUGUGAUUGGGGAAAAGUGAUCCAUUUGGGGCCUGAGUUCUGAUGGGUUGCUGAAUAGGUCAGGCUUGGGCAUGAGAUCAGUGCCCUCCUCCCCAUACUUGGUCAAAUAAUCGCUAUUGCCUGAGCUGUCGGAUGACACCAUAAUGCAAUAAAAAGGCUAGCAACUUUUA